AUGCCCCACCCACACCGAGUCCCCAGCGGUCUUGGCAUCCCUUGCACAAAGCCAGGGUGCAAUUGUUGGUUCAAGAAUCAGUCUGGGCAUACUCAGCAUAUGAAUGCGAAGCAUCCCGUCUUCUUACAUCCACCUACAUUGACACAACCAUCUGUACCUCAUUCACCAAGUCCAGCACUGGCCUCUGACAUCAUCAAUUUUGGGGACAUUGGUGGCACAGACCUUGGUGAUGCUGGUCCCAUGGAUGACAAAGAUCCUCUGCAAUCAUCAGCGGAGUUCUUUGGCACUGGUGAACAAUUGUAUAGAAAUUACCACCCUCUUUUGUCUGCUUGCCCUUGUGAUGCCGAGGGUGCGUUCUUUCCACCAGGAACAUCACCUCCGCCACUGACAGAAAAGGCACUGGACGACUGGACUCCCUACAAGAGCCAUGUCAAGUUUGAGCUCGCCAACUACCUAUUUACAAAGAACCAAACUCCUGCUCAUUCAAUUGACCACCUCCUGGACAUUUGGGCAGCUUCCUUAAUCCAAGCUGGGAGCAAGGCCACCCUAUUUCCAGAUCAUUGCAAUGUCUACAGGACAAUUGACAAUACUCCCCUUGGCGAUGUCAAGUGGCAAUCUUUUUCAGUCAAAUAUACAGGCACAAUUCCAGAUGAAGGCGCCCCACCCUGGAUGGCAGAUUCUCACAAUGUCUGGUUUCGUGAUCCCUGCGAUGUUGUUCGAAAUAUGCUUGCUAACCCAGACUUGGCUGCAGAGAUGGAUCUCCAACCUUACCAUGAGUUCGCAACAGAGAACAAUGAGCGCCAAUGGCAGGACUUCAUGUCCGGAGAUUGGGGCUGGGCUCAAGCAGACAUGAUAUCUAAGGACACUGACACACAUGGCUCAACCUUUGUGCCGGUGAUUCUCAGAAGUGACAAAACUACUGUUUCGGUUGCCAUGGGACAAAACAACUAUUACCCACUCUAUGCCUCUAUUGGCAAUGUUCAGAAUAAUGUGCGUCCCUUUCUUGCAAUGCCCAAAACAACCAAAGAGCAUGCUGAUACACCAGGCUUUCGAAAUUUCCGACACCAACUUUUCCAUUCUUCACUUUCAUUUAUCCUCAAGAACCUCAAACCUGCUAUGACAAAACCGGAAGUUGCACGCUUUGGAGAUGGCCAUUAUCAGCAUGUGGUCUAUGGACUUGGGCCCUAUAUCGCAGACUACAAGGAACAAGUGCUGCUAGCCUGUAUAUUACAAAAUUGGUGCGCCAAGUGUCUUUCACAUCGUGGAAACCUUGAUGAGAUCAGUCUCAAUCGCUCGAGAGCUCAUGCAGAUGCACUCAUUGAGGAGUGCGAUUUUGGAACCCUGCGGUUUGAGUACAGUUUAGUUGGCGAGCUUGUGCCUUUUACAAACGAUUUCCCCCAUGCUGAUAUCCAUGAGCUACUUGCGCCUGAUCUUCUCCAUCAACUCAUCAAGGGGGCAUACAAAGAUCAUUUGGUUGACUGGGUAGAGAAAUACCUCCUGCAGAUGCAUGGAAAGAGGCAAGCCAACAUCAUUUUGGAUGAUAUUGACCAAAGGAUUUCGGCAGUUCCUCCAUUUCCUGGACUGUGUAGAUUCCCUCAAGGACACCACUUUAAACAGUGGACUGGUGAUGACUCAAAGGUGCUUAUGAAGGUUUACUUGCCUGCAAUUGAAGGCUAUGUCCCAACAGAUGUUGUGCAUGCAUUCCACGCAUUACUUGAAUUCAUUUACCUCAUCCACCCCAAUAUCAUCACCAAGAAGUCCCUCAUCGAAAUUCAAGAUGCCCUCACUCAUUUUCACACAUAUCAUGAGGUUUUCAGGACCACUGGAGUGGUCUCCACCUUCUCGCUUCCCCAACAGCACUCGAUGACUCACUAUGUCUAUCUGAUUCGACUAUUUGGCGCUCCAAACAGCCUAUGCUCCUCAAUUACAGAGUCGAAACACAUCAAGGCUGCCAAAGAGCCAUGGAGACAUUCCAGUUGGUACAGGGCACUAGGCCAGAUGCUGCUAACUAAUCAGCGUCUGGACAAGUUAGUGGCAUCACACAUGGACUUCUGUAUUUGUGGGAUGCUCUCAGGCACAUGCUUAUCCUCUGUUCUCACAUCACUUGGUAAUGCCAGUGUGCCUGACGCUGAUGUCAUUGCCAACUCUGAGGACAUUGAUGCACCGACUUCCAUCCUUGCUCAUGUAGAACUCAGUCGAAGAAAGCAGGCACAAAGUGUUCCUGUGCUAGCCAGCAAGCUUCACAUCCCACACUUGGUCGAUCUUGAACUCACUGAAGUGCCUGUGAGCAUCAUGGACUGCCCUCAUUUUGAUGGGAGGAUACGUGUUUUCAAUUCUGCUGUAUCAACAUUCUUUGCACCAAGUGACUUGAGUGGUAUUGGUGGGAUGAAACGCGAGCACGUUUGUGUGUCCCCCAAAUGGAGAAAUGGACAUGCACACAAAGAUUGUGUGUUUGUCAUUACUGACCCAAAUGCUCACAGAAUGCGGGGCAUGGAUAUCGCUCAGGGGUUUGGCGAUGCACCCAACAACGACACCGGGAUGUGGAUGGUGAAGUCUUCUUCCACUGGCAAUUACGUGUUUGCAGUGAUCCAUGUGGAUACCAUCUUCCGUUCUGCCCAUCUCAUUCCUGUCUAUGGUACUGAUCCGCUUCCCUCCGUGAUCAAACCCCACCAUGUCCUCGAGAUCUUCACCCUCUUCUAUGUCAACAAAUAUGCCGACCAUCACGCCUUUGAGAUAGCGUGUUAG